AUGGCAAAGCUCAGCCACUCUUUCGACUUUGUCUUCACUACCUUACUCAUCUUCUUCGGCCUAAGCUCCGCCUUCCCGUCACUCCCAGGAGCACUCGAGACCCGAUGCUGGCGCAAGGGAUGCGACCACUGCGAAAGGUGGACUGUCACAAUUGAUCAUCCCGGUAGCUGCGAUCAUGUCAACCGCGAUGACCUCAAAGCAGCUAUUGAUAGCACCUUCGUCAACUACUCUGGCAACUGCAGAGGCGAGGAGGCUGCCUUCAACAGCCAAGCUAUUCCCGGAAUUCGCGGACUAGGUUGCAGAGUCACCGUCAACUUCCCACGGGGUAACAAGGGCGUUGACUGGGGUGGACUGAUUGGCUCUAACUUGGUCGGCACGGCGAGCUGGGCCAUAUCUGGCACGUCCAACGAUGGCAGCGUUCACUGUGGAGGAGCUUGCCAGUGGUGA